UCUCCCUCCCAGCAAUGCAGUAGCUUCCCAUGCUCCCGCUCCUGCUCAUCCACCUCCUUCCGUCAUGGCCGCCCCGACUCAGCCUCAACAGCCUGGCUUGAUGGCCCAGAUGGCUACUACUGCAGCGGGGGUGGCCGUGGGCUCCGCCGUGGGCCACGUGGUCGGCGGGGCCCUCACGGGAGCCUUCAGUGGUGACAGCAGCUCCUCCCAGCCCGCCAAAGUGGCCAGCAGCCCUGUCCAGGAGUCCAGGCAGAUACCAACCCACCAGCCAUCUCAGUAUGGGCCUUGCCUCUACGAGAUGAGGCAGUUCCUGGAUUGUGCUACUAACCAGAGUGACCUGACCUUGUGUGAGGGUUUCAACGAAGCCUUGAAGCAAUGCAAGCAAGCCAGCGGUGAGUAUGACCACGGUGGAGGAGAAAGGAGACCAGCAGAGAUUAUACGACCUGAG